UGGACGAGCAGGAACCCCAGCGAAGAAAUAAGGGUUCUAAAUUAAUUAUUGAUUUGAAUUGAUUAUAAUUUAAAAAAAAGAAAACAAAAGGAAAUAAGGAGGAGAUUUUUAUCAGCUUUAAUAUAAAACAAAAUAUUGUAUGUUGCCUAACGCUUUUUAGCUUUAAGUUUCUUCAGCAAUGGCUAUGAAAUCUGCCGUCACAGCCACUGAAACUCUCAUGUCAACCGUCAGCGGUCUAAUGGAGGAAUCUCGUCAAUUUAAGGAAGCCAUUGAAAGUCAAAUGCAAAACAAAGACUAUGUCCCAGAGACUAAACACAAAAUGCCCCUAAGUAGAAGUAACAAUCAGCUGCAAGUGCCCAAAAUGAUGAAAAUGAAUAAUGAUGCGGCCAGGGAUACAAAACUUUUACAGGCCACUUCGCGGCAACAACCAAAAUUGGGCAUAUCCAAAUCCCAAGAUGAUGAAGACCUAAAGGAGGAACAAUAUGGCAGUGUGUCACCCAUAUCGUUUAGUAAAACUACAAGUACCACAACUAGGACAGCGAUUAGUUCAUUGGGUGCCUCAAGAGCCAUUAAUUUUCGUAUGAAAUUCCGUAAGAGUCAUACUUGUGGUAGUUUAUUUGCAAAAUGCAAUUGUGGUACCACCACUUCAGCUGAAUUCGAUACAAGUCAUUUGGCCGGCUCACGUGCCGCCUCAAUUGACAAUACACCACAUGCAUCAUCAUCAUCCUCCACAACAACACAAGCUACGAUACAUAAUCAAAAUUUACAGCAACAACAACAUCCAAAGACGCUUUAUUACCAGCAGCAGCAGCAUCAACAACAACAGCAGAGCUUGCAUCUGUCUAUGUCACCCUCUUCCAAUACUGAACUCUCGCUGGCGUCUUCAGUGUCGGAUAGUGCAGCCAAACUAACCGCUAGUUCGGGUUUUCAUUCACUCUCCACACAAACCUCUUCGGCCACCUCGGCUUAUCUAUCCAGAGAAGAGAGUCUAACGGCCAGCUUUGAUACUCAACUGAUCUCUCCCACAGAGACACCACCAAUAACAACCAUAGAAACUACAACAAAACUUUUAGCAGUCGCCGCUACAACAGCAACAGCAGCUAAUACCGAACAAUUAGCUAAACCAGCCAUUAGUCAAGAAACGGAACUUGUCACAUUAACACGUACGAAAGCUCAACAAAUACCGCGAAUCUCUUCACCGCCCCAGCUAGAGCCCUUCACCGCUAAAUCCUUAAACAGAUCUUCGCCCUUACCUUCCACCAGACGUUCGGAGGUCUUACAAAAACCCAGCGCAAAAAAACUAUUUCAAUCGUAUUCUCAUCCCGAUACAGAUUUUAUAUUCACCGAUGAAAAUAAACAUCCUUCCCGAGAAUCAUUGUCGCUGCUGCAAACUCCUUUGUUACAAUCACAAGACACUGUUAUAACUGCUCGUGGUGGCAAAGUGGAAAUUAAGCAACCCAAACGUUCCUCUUCACCCAAUAUAGGCCAAUUUCAAGUACUGGAUGUCGCCGUACAUCCCGAUAUUCUAGUGAAAAUCUCUCCUAAACAUUCGCCGUUGUGUGACAAUCGCCGCACUCCCUUAACGGCCCGCUCCACAGCACAACGCAGACGUCUUUUGCAAAGAUCUCAUGAAAUAGAUUCUGGUGGCUCGACUUCGGAAUCGGAAAAAUCUCUAGAUGUAAAAUCACCCGGAGAAGCAGCACAAUCGCAACUGGGUAAAACUAUAGCUUCUAGUCCUUUGUUGGCCUCGAAAUUGUUACCGGGGCAAAGUUCGGUUAAUCUAAGUGAUGAUGCUAACUUUGAUGCUGCCCAGAAAUAUUUUGCUGAAAGUGGUAUUUUAGGACCCCUACACGGUCAGAGUAAUUUGAUAAGAAAGACAUCGAAGGCCUUGCAGGAUUCAAAUGUUAUAGAGCAGAUCCGCAAAACCUCAAUGAUUCUACGAUCCAACACACUCAAUAGCACCAAUAGCAAUACAGCAAGUAAUGCAGCUUCAAUGCGUAAGAAUUCCACAACCAGUCCGGGUUCAUCAGCUCUAACGUCUCCUGCAAAAAGCGGCUUUACAUUGGCCGCACAAAAUUCCUUAACCCUUAAACUACAAAAUAUGGCUGCAGCAACGACAUCGUCAUCCUCACAGACACAGCAAACACAGCCAGCUUUAAUCUAUUCACCACCCUCACCUCAAUCACCCCACACAAUGGCCACUAAAUGUGGCUUUAGUCCCAAUUUCACCACACAGAGUAUCAUGGUGGUGGAUGACAAGGACGCCCAGAUAAAAUCGUUACAAGGAGAAAUUGUGUCACUAAAAGAUGUGAUCAAAUCUCGAGAUGCUGAAAUAGUUAAGCUUAGAAGAGAAAUACACAAGUUAAAGAGUGUUUUACAACAAACUACCAAUCACAUCCCCCUCGCUCACGAUGAACUCCUACAGCCUCCCUCGCCCACUAUCAGCAGCAACAACAACAAUCGGUUCCUAAUGCCAUUGCAGUGCAAUGAUAUCUCCAGUACCCAAGAGAAAUUCUGUGAGAAAUGUAAAAAAUUACUGGAGCAACGUAUAGCUGUCAUACCGGAACAGCCCAGCAUUGAAACGCGCAUUACACCCGACAGCAAUGGCAGUUCCAUUGACUCCAGCAUAUCGGAUCCAUAUCAAUCGUGUCAUUCACGUUCAGCUUCCACUGGUAAUACCUCUGAAACCUGGGCACCGGGUGAACGGGACGAUGCUAAGGAAAAUGCUCAAAAAAUCGAUGCUGCCGAAUCGAAUGGUUCGGUUAAGCCCAAGGCCAUAAAUGCCAUCCACCACCCAGUGCUCAAGAAACAAGGUGUAUCCGGUGAAAGUUGUGAAAUUUCCAUGCAACAAUCGAUAAAUAUACCCAUUCCCAAAUAUGACAAGGACUACAGCAGCAAACAAUUGAUCAAGGAGGCCAUUACGGAUAAUGAUUUCUUAAAGAAUAUAGAUGCUUCUCAGGUCAGAGAAUUGGUGGACUCUAUGUAUUCUUUAAGCAUAGAGAAGGGUAAAUUUGUCAUAAGAGAGGGUGAGGUAGGCGCUCAUUUGUAUGUAUCGGCGGAAGGAGAAUUUGAGGUCGAGAAAAAUGGCAAGAUAUUGGGAAUAAUGGGACCAGGCAAGGCUUUUGGUGAAUUGGCUAUUUUGUACAAUUGCACCAGAACAGCUUCCAUAAGAGUGUUGUCAGAUGCUAGAGUGUGGGUUUUGGAUAGACGCAUCUUUCAGCAGAUUAUGAUGAGAACUGGCAUGCAGCGCAUAGAGAAUAGUGUGAAUUUCUUGAAAUCGGUGCCCUUGCUGAAGAAUCUCAGUGAGGAAGUAUUGGCCAAAAUAGCAGAUGUUUUGGAAGUGGAAUUUUACCCCGCUGGUACUUAUAUUAUACGCCAAGGGGCCAGUGGUGAUACUUUCUUUUUAAUCUCCCAGGGUUCUGUUAAGGUCACACAAAAACUUGCACCCUCUACGGAGGAAAAGGAGAUACGCACUUUAGAAAUGGGUGACUAUUUUGGGGAACAAGCCUUGAUUAAUGAGGACAAACGUACUGCCAAUAUAAUAGCCAUGGCUCCGGGUGUUGAAUGUCUGACACUGGAUCGUGAGUCAUUUACCCAUUUGAUAGGUGAUCUAUGUGAGUUGAAGGAGAAGAAUUAUGGCGAUGAAAAUCGCGUUUUGGCCAUGAAGUAUUCGGAGAAAUCUAAAGAGAUUUUUGGAGCUAAUAUUAAGCAAGAAUUUCCCGACAUGCAGUUAACCGAUUUGGAAGUUGUGGCCACUUUGGGCAUAGGCGGUUUUGGUCGUGUUGAACUCGUCAAGGCCUAUCAGAGGAACAGUGUGGAUAUUUUUGCUCUCAAGUGCCUUAAGAAGCGCCAUAUAGUGGAUACCAAACAGGAAGAGCAUGUCUUCAGCGAACGGACUAUAAUGUUGACCUGUAAUUCACCAUUUAUAUGUCGUCUCUAUCGUACAUUCCGUGAUGAGAAGUAUGUCUAUAUGCUGCUGGAAGCCUGUAUGGGUGGCGAGAUCUGGACCAUGCUUAGAGAUCGUGGCUCUUUUGAUGAUAAUGCCGCCCAAUUUAUAAUCGGUUGUGUGUUGCAGGCUUUUGAGUAUUUACAUGGUCAGGGUAUAAUAUACAGAGAUUUGAAGCCAGAGAAUUUAAUGUUGGAUGAGAGGGGUUAUGUUAAGUUGGUGGAUUUUGGUUUUGCCAAAUAUAUUGGCAAUAGCAGCAAGACCUGGACGUUUUGUGGCACCCCCGAGUAUGUGGCUCCUGAGAUCAUAUUAAAUAAGGGUCAUGAUCGUGCUGUGGAUUAUUGGGCAUUGGGUAUUUUGAUUCACGAACUACUUAAUGGAACACCUCCCUUUACCGCCAAUGAUCCCAUGAAAACCUACAAUAUCAUAUUAAAAGGCAUAGAUAUGAUCGAUUUUCCUAAACAUAUAUCUAGAUCGGCUGUGCAGCUGAUUAAAAAACUGUGCCGUGAUGUGCCCGCCGAACGUUUGGGCUAUCAAAAGGGUGGCAUACAAGAUAUCAAAAAACAUAAAUGGUUCCUAGGUUUCGAUUGGGAUGGCUUACAAAGUCAACUUUUAAUACCACCCUUCGUCAGACCUAUUGCUCAUCCUACAGAUACUUGUUACUUUGAUAGAUUUCCUUGUGAUCCCAAUGAUCCACCAGAUGAAUUAUCUGGCUGGGAUGCUGGUUUUUAACUAAAACAUUGUUAAACUAAUUAUUUUUAUUACAUCAAAGAAUUACCACUUAAGUGCCUGGUUUUUGCAGAACCUCCCCCCCAAAAAAUAUUAUAUUUUUAUUAAAUUUACUAAAUCUUUUUAAAAUUCAAUAAUUAAUCUUAAGCAUUUUUCUCUCGCUUUAGUUGUUAGAAUUUCAUAAGUGUUUGAAAAAAAUUUUUAGCUAAAUUUUGCUCAUAAACAAAUAUUUAAAAAGUGCCUUAAGAAAAGUAAAAUGUUGCUCAAAUUUUUGGUUCAUUUAUCAUUAUUGUUUAUAAAUUAUAAGAGUUAAACAUAAUAUGGAACAAACAUUUUUUUAACAAAUUUAUAUUGUGUAUUUAUCAUAAUCUAAUUAUGCAUUCAUUUUAGCUUUUUAUAUAAGUGAAACUUUUUAAAAUGUUAGUUUUUAAACCGUAGUUAUAAAUAUAGUUAUUUCAUUGUGAAAAUUGUUAUUAAAUAAAUUUAGUGAAUUAUUUUUGAAUAAUAAAAAAAGCCUUAAAAUUUCAAAAAAA